CGCGUUUCUCGAUUCACUCGCGUCGGUAUUUUUUAAUUUUAUCUAAUUAUAAACAAUAAUUUCACCGAAAAAUCACUAUUAACGCAAUCCGCACUAUUGAAGUGUCCGGUAGCUAGUCGGUGUGCAGAGAAUCGUAGCCAUCCAAGUGCAGUUAGAACCUCAGCAUUUUUGCUGUCGCCGCCCCAAAGAAGGAAACCAUGCUCAGGAUGAAGCGCUUUAUGCUGCUUAGGUAAUCGUCGGGGUCGGGCAGACGGGAAGCAACAGCAGCAGAGAAACGGAAGACGGUCGCACCGUGUGGUGCAGUUCGUCCAAUAAAUAAUAAAGUGAUCUACCGCAACGGGGAAGACGGGGAGAUCACUGGGUUUGGUUGGUUGCUCGCGUCACAGGGAAGAAGAGUGGAUCUUCCGCAUUCCUUUCCUGCGGGCUAGAAUGGCAACCUACAAUAAUCCUCAUUGGCUAUUAUCUCACAUCCGGAAUUCGUUCAUUUCGACCGAUGAUACGGGACUGAGCGAAACGGUUAUGCUCCUGGAAGAUAUACCACAUCAAUAUGCCCAGUUGCAUAAGCAGGCAUUGAGGGAACGCUCUGCUGGCGGAGUGCAGGAUGGCCCCAGGAUGAGACAAAGGAACUUUGAAGAUUUCUAUUGCUACCCAGGAUUGGAUGAUUCUGAUGACGAAGAAAUGGACUCCCUAUCGCAAUCGUACGAAAUCCAGAUGGAUCAGGAUAUUGGGUUUCACCGGCAACGAUCGAAUACGGCACAGAAGCUGGAACGGAUGGAUAUAGCCAGAAGGAAAGCAGCGAAGGUUAAAACUAUUAAGUACGAGACCGCAGUGCAGCGUUCGGACGAAACGGAUGGGGAUCUAUUUGUGAAGAAAGACGUAAGUAGAACUUCGACUGAGGAAAGAAUAUCAGUGCUAUCGCAACAGUUGGAAAGCUACCCGAAAAUGCCCCAGAAUAAGUUCCUUGAGUAUGCCAAAUUUGAUGGAACUUCGCAGACCGAGUCGAAAACGUAUAAAAUAUUCCUAAUGAUGUUGCCGGAGAAUCAGAGAGCCUAUCCGAUGCAAAUUUGCGUCACAGCCACUGCCAAAAUUCAGGAUUUUAUAGGAUUGAUUUGCUAUAAGUGUAGUCUAGCAUAUCCAAAUGUAAGUUUAAGGUCGAUAAAACACUAUGGACUGUUUAUGACGGAAGUGGAUGGUGAAAUCGAUAUGGACUUUCCACCGUUGGACAUGGGCGAACCAUGCGUAAAGUUUUGCUUUUCGCAUUUGGCCAUUGCUGAGCGGAAGGCUUCGGAAAUUCAGUCACAACCAAGAUUUAGUUCAAUAAUUCCGGGUCUGGGAGAUAUCCAACCGGUGCCAUCUUUCGGUGGGCCACCUUCCAACGAAUUUAAAGAUGUAAGCGAAGACAAACAGAAGGAAGAUUUGUUUAAAAUGAAAGACCAUACCUCGAAACUGGAAGCACCUUUGUAUCGAGCGUUUCAAGUUCACAUGGUUCAUAAAUCGCGUCUGAAGAUUGAAGUUCAGCUGGGAAUAUCAGGUGACAAAUUGGAAAUCGAUCCAAUUCAGCAGAAAUCUUCUAAGCUGUGGCCUCGCCAAAAAUCUACCAAUCAUAGCAUGGAUUCCGUUGCUCACUGUUCCAUCGUCGAGCGGAAAUCUUCCAAAUCGGUCGUUCGAAUAGUGUACAGUGCAGUUCCUUUUUCUCAAACUCUGUCGGUUUCCGGAUCCGAAUUCGCGACGUCGAGUCCCACCAUCCGGCAACACCACCAACAGCAGCUACAGCGAGCUCCUCUUUUCAAACAUUACGACAUUGAAACCGAUCCGGCAACGGCACAGGAAAUUGUCGAAAAGAUAAACAAUAUCCUCGAGGUGCAAUCGAGUCCCGUGAGACAAGAGUAUAAAGCCAGUCGGACCGGUCGCUAGAGAAGGCAGAUUGUUUUUAUAAUUAUUGUACAUACAGGCAUCACUCAUCCCGCUUCAUGACUUCACAAUACAUACAGGUUAUUUAUUUCACUCAUUUCCUAGACCUUGAACCAUAGAUGAUAGUUCCUCUUUAAAUGCAGAAGAAGAAACAAAUAAAUUAAAGAAGGAAAACGUUUCUUGGUGUCCUUUCUGAGCGAGACACUAUUGUGAACUUGGACCAAGAACGAUAUCGCGAACGGUUUCCAUCCUAAAUCAACACGAAUCACAGCAUGACGAAUUUGAUGAAACUUUCUGAAUUUGAAACUUAUCUUCCAGUUUCCUUGGGUAUAAUGAUAGGUACAUGAUUAAAUUUUGAUAACAUCGUUACUGGUUUAGUAUUGGAAAUUUCACAACCAGCUUAUCCCGUAAACCAUGAACAAAAUUGGUGCUGACUCAAAAGAGAAUGUUAAAUAGUCUGUAUUUUUUUCAAUUGUAACGACAAACCAGGUAGAAGAAUCCUGAUGAAUGUGGGCGUCCUAGUGGAAUACCUGUAGAAAGAGAGAGAAGGAUUAGUAAUUUCUAUUUAAUUCCACUACCUUAUUUGCUUAUCCUUGACAGAUACGCGUAUUUCGUCUACAAUGUGCAGACUUCUUCGGUGUCUUGUACUAAUACUCGACUGUAGAAAAACAUCGCAUUUUACCGAAUAUAGAAGAAGGUAGAUCAAUGCCAAGGUAGUUCAUAUCUGUAUAGAAUUCGAAGGGGAUUGUGAGAAUAAUUCCUGGGAGCUCUGAGGAAGAAUUCACGGAAAUUUAAUGAUACUACCUACCAAAAUACUGACAAUAAUUCAAAGUGAUUUAUUAAGAGAGUUUUAAGGGAAUUUCGAGGAUUUUUGACAGGAGUUCUAAGGAAACUCUGAGGACAAUUUCAAAGAAUUUAUGGAAUCCCAGAUAAUGUUUGGGAGAAUACUGAAGGAAUGUCGAGGAAAAGUCGAAGGGAUUUCUGAGUUGAGUUUUCAAUACGAUUCUGAGGUGCCUCCCAACAGAAUUCUCAGGAAAAAUUCUAGAUUUGUAAAUUCCAGAGUAGUCACUGAAUGAAACGGGAAUUGAAAACAAGCGGGUAAACCCAAACCCGGGAAUUUUAUUUGCAACCUGAACAUGUGUUUUAUACCAUUAUAGCGGGCUUCUUUGGCCACUUUCCAGGUGUAGGCUAACUUCAACAUGUUCGUAUUAAAUCAAUAGAGUUGGUAUUAAAAUCAUGUGUGGUAUAUUCGAUAGGGAUUAUUUUAUGGUGUGUAAUCAGAAGUACCGACAUCAUAUCAAGAAGACUGGUAACUUUGCCAGAACCCAUCGACAGAUACAGAAGCUUUGCUGAGGGGCCGUUCAUCAACUACGUAGACAGUUUAGAGGGCAAUAAUCCCAACAAAAACUGUCUACGUAGUUAAUGAACAGCCCCUUACUUCUUGCUAAGUUGUUGAACGUAAACAGAUAAGCUACUUCGGACACACGCUAAAUUAACAACUGUUUUGAUGAUUAAAUGGAGAAACUCAAUCGACGUUAUGACUUUCAUUGAAGCUAUAUCAAUUAUUUGAACGCCAAAUUAAAGGUGAGAUUUUUUUUCGAUCAGCUGAUCAUUAUUUAUCAGAGAGAUUAAUGACAUUGUUUAUUUUGCAUAUUUCUAAGAAAAUUGGGUUUCAGCAUAGUAAAGCGCCUAAAUUUAUAAAGAGGCGACAUGUCAAAAUUGGAACAAUCGAUUGUCUGUCAAAGUUAUAGGAAAAGUCAUUCCAAUCGAGCAGAAGACCUGUCAAAUGGAUAAGAUGUCGUCUCUUUAUAAAUUCAGGCUCUUUACAGCAUAGUUUUUAAGCAAGGGAAAUACAAAUGUUUGUAGUGGUUUUACCAAUACCACUAAUCUCACACUCAGUGUUGGCAAAAUCAGAAAUCAAAUGAUAUUUUUCCGCUCUCAUGCGUUCCCAAUAUCACGCAUGAUAUUGGAACAAAGUAUUAUGCUUGAUAUUGAUUUUACAAGCUCCUUUGAUAUUGCGAGACUAUUCACAACGUGCAAAAAUCAAGCUGAGAGUUGACUCGACACAAAAAUGAUUCUGUUGCACAUGUUUUCUUAGAAAGAGAAAGUAUAGUUUGCUAUCUCUUUUUACUCUUCACCGAUGGCAGACACGAAGUGACUGCUGCCAGCCGUUAUGGAAGUUUCGGUUGCAUUCGGGUGUGAAGCAAAAAUCAUGAAACUCAAUCUCACCACAGUUUGUUGAGAUUUGCAGCUGGUGAGUUUUGUUAGUUUGAUAUUCCGAGCUGCGAUAUCACAGUUUGCAAAAUCAACCGCAGUUGUUUGCUUGUUGAUUUUUGUCUACAAAAAUCAAGCGUGAUCUUGGGCGUUGGUGAGAUUUGAUUUUUUGAUAUUUUCCCAACACUGCUUCACACUUUUAAUUUGACAUUAAAAUAGUUAAUAUAGCUUCAUUGCAGCUGGAGAUAUUUAUAUUUUAGUAAACAAACUUUUAUUAGGCGAAAUUUCAUUUUUAUCUGUAUCUAGAAAACUAUCGUACUGAGAUUUUUUCUGACAACAUUUUUGGAAUCAGCACACGAUUUUACAUGAGAAAUGACCAUCAGCGUACAAAGUUCAAAUAUGCUGUAAACUAGUGUUAUUAGCAAAUUUUGUGCAAUACAUUUUGUUGGAGCUCUGUGAUAAAUCUUUCGCACUAGGGUUGAAAUUAGCGCCAGAACACUCUUAGAAUUAUGUGUCUUGCUGAAUUUUCAUCAUAAUUGUCUUGGAAUUCUUCUUAAAAUUCAUCUGUCAUUUUCCUCACGAUCCUCAUACAAAUCUCCUCAGAAUCACGUAAGAAUUUUCACAACUCCUUUUUAAAUCUUCAUAAAUUACCUAAGAAUUUAAUUUAGAACUUGUAUUAUUCUCCAAAUUUAUCUUACAAUUUCUUAUUCAGAAAUUGAAUAUAAUUUUGGAAUUCUGCGCUCCUUCGAAAAUUAUGUGGGAAUCAUCCUCAAUAUUUGUUUGUAAUCAACACGUUGAAAAUUUUUAAAUUUCACUGAAUAUUCCAGGGUUUGUCCGCAAGAUUCGAUCGAUUGUUCUGUAAUGUGUUAUAACUCUUAAUUUGUUUGUGUUUAACUUUCUACAUCAGCGCGAGUACUGAA